AUGCGUCGACAUUCCGUAUACCAAAGCAUUUUCAAAAUCACUUUUUUUUUUUUUAAACAAAUUAUAAGCAGUUGUUUUCAGACAGCAUCAGGGAACGUUGAAGCAAAGGUGCUGUGCUAUUGCCGACGUCGUGAUUUGCCAGUUUCUUUACUCAAAAUCGCUGAUCGUGCGGAAAGAAUCGAUAAAGUUGUGAAUACACGACGCCGACUCGCUAUUGCACCAGUCAUUCAUACCAGGGAGAGAAAUGGUGAUUCCUCCUCGGAUACACCGAAGAAAGGUCUGCUUGUUUGUGCCGUCACAUGCCUUUUAGCUGUUAUACAGUGA